UGUCGGCCUCUAAUCCAAACCUAGAGGCAAAUCCAUAAAAAUUGAAAAUUGAAGUGAUGAUUACAAAAUUCGCUGAUAAGUCAAUGUUCGGAGUUGGGACACGUCUCCCGCUGUAAACACUAAAAAAUUCGACCACAGUCACUUCCUUUGUAGCGUUCUGGCCUUCUCUGCUGGAGUUGGUGAGACGAGUUGCGGCCUUGAAAAAGAAAAACACUAUUGCCCUUUUCACACACCAACACCACCCAAUUCCCAUUUCCCACACCUCUUUUCUUCAUCAAAAUUUCUAUCCCCCUUUAAUUGAGCUCCACACCGUCUUUCCCCCUUUCAUGGAUUCCUCUUUGGUUUUCGUUUUCCCUUCAGCUUCUCCGUCUGUAACUACCCUGGGUUUCUGCUUGGAUGCCGAGAAAGCGUAGGAAAAUAUAAGAAAGAGGAAUCUUUUGACUCCGACAGUUUGAAAAGUUUUGUGUCUCUACCACUUUCUUCAAUUCAAUUAUCUACGCAACCUGACGCUUCGCAUAGCCCACCGAUGGCUUUUGCUCGUGGGUUCACCUCGUUGACUGAAUUAUCUCUACCUUUUCAUCGGCACCGCUUUCUGCCUCCUCAAUUUUAUCAAACUUUCUUUUCUAAACAUAGUCUUGGAAGAAUUUCAACUAGGAUCUGUAACCACCAAAACCCGAACUUUGUUCUUAGAAAAAGACAACCAAAAUUUAAGAAUUUCACGUCGGUGGAGUUGGACCAAUAUGUAACGAGUGAUGAUGAAGAUGAAAUGAGUGAAGGCUUCUUUGAGGCAAUUGAAGAAUUAGAGAGGAUGGCAAGGGAGCCCUCUGAUAUUCUUGAAGAAAUGAAUGAUAAGUUGUCGUCAAGAGAGUUGCAGUUAGUUCUAGUUUACUUUUCUCAAGAAGGGAGAGAUUCUUGGUGUGCACUUGAAGUAUUUGAGUGGCUCAAAAAGGAGAAUAAGGUUGAUAAUGAAACAAUGGAACUCAUGGUUUCAAUUAUGUGCAGUUGGGUCAAGAAGCUGAUUGAAGGAGAGGGUGAUGUGGAUGAUGUGGUUGAUCUCCUUGUGGACAUGGACUGCGUGGGGUUGAAACCGGGUUUUAGUAUGAUUGAGAAGGUGAUUUCGAUGUACUGGGAGAUGGAUAAAAGGGAGGGGGCUGUUGUGUUUGUGGAGGAAGUUUUGAAACGGGGAAUUUCAUAUGAAGAUGAUGAUGGUGAAGGACAGAAGGGAGGGCCGGCUGGUUAUCUUGCUUGGAAGAUGAUGGUUGAGGGUAACUACGUGGAUGCCAUCAAAUUGGUGAUCAACCUUAGAGAAUCUGGGUUAAAGCCUGAGGUUUACAGCUACCUCAUUGCAAUGACAGCAAUAGUCAAAGAGCUUAAUGAAUUCACAAAAGCCCUGCGGAAGUUGAAGGGUUUUGCAAGGUCUGGCUUGAUCGCUGAACUUGAUGUGGAAAAUAUAGAGCUUAUAGAAAAGUAUCAAUCUGAUCUUCUUGCUGAUGGAAUAAAAUUGUCUAAUUGGGCAAUUCAAGAAGGAAGUUCUUCAAUUAAUGGGUUGAUUCAUGAGAGGCUUCUUGCUAUGUAUAUUUGCGCCGGUCGUGGACUUGAAGCCGAAAGACAGCUGUGGGAAAUGAAGCUUGUUGGUAAAGAAGCUGAUGGGGACCUUUAUGACAUUGUUUUAGCUAUCUGCGCUUCGCAAAAGGAGACAAGCGCGAUAUCACGGUUGCUUACUAGAAUGGAAGUUUCAAGCUCUCUACGUAGGAGGAAAACUUUAUCCUGGUUAUUAAGAGGUUAUAUUAAAGGAGGGCACAUUGGUGAUGCUGCAGAAACGGUGGUUAAAAUGCUUGAUUUGGGUUUAUAUCCAGAGUAUUUAGACAGGGUAGCUGUUCUGCAGGAACUGAGGAAAAGGAUCCACCUGCCUGGAAACAUUGGAACUUAUAUUAAUCUCAGCAAACGACUAUAUGAUGCGAGUUUGAUUGGACCUUGCCUUCUAUAUCUGUAUAUAAAGAAAUAUAAGCUUUGGGUUAUAAGAAUGCUUUGAAAACUGAGGAAUGGAAUUUUUAUUAUACUUUUGAGUGUCAUGUAUUUACUGGAAAAGCAUAGGAGUUUUAUGAACCUGAAUUUUAGAUAGCAAUGUAAGGGUGCUCAGAUAUGCAGACCAACUUUGAACACUACAAAUACAUGGUGAGCAUUUUGUUCUUUGGGUCAUUUAAAUACUUGUAUAGAUUGUGCCUACUGUAUGCGUAAUGAAUUAUUUCCUCUUAAUGUAAGUAAUGAAACCGCCUAGUGCUACAAGUAUGUUCUUGUAUUAA